GAAGCCGUCCUAAACCACAUCCCAACUUUCAACUUAAUCUGUAAACGCCCUUAAUAUUUUCCUUUUUUCCAUGUUUUCACUUUCUUGGGCUUUACGCACACUUUGGUACAGUUUAAUAUAAGGGUCUAAAUUUGAUCCCACUGACUUCCACUCGUGCGUGAAUAUGAGCACGUGCCCGAUUGGUUUCCAUCAUUAUUUUUUAUCAUGAAUCAGUUCGUACUGUAGCUGUCUCCGCAGCCUUUCGGGUCCUAUAUGCAAACACGCCCCCUCCCUCUUCUGCUUGCGCAGAGGCGCAUCCUCCUCGUUUUAACCCCCGACACCGGUCUCUGCGCACCCAUUGCAGUCAUUCUGCUGUCAGGGAACUAUUAACUCUUACCUCAGCUCAGCCGGGUUGUGAGUGCGUGCGCGUGUUUUCUGCCGUGACUUGUCCAGAUGGAGGACUACCACAAACCGGACCAGCAGACUCUGCAGGCGCUCAGGAACAUCGCCACCCGACUGAGGAUCAACUCCAUCAAGGCUACAACUGCAGCGGGCAGCGGUCACCCGACAUCAUGCUGCAGUGUGGCAGAGAUCAUGUCUGUCCUCUUCUUUCACUCCAUGAAGUAUCGACCUGAAGAUCCGCGUAACCCUGACAAUGAUCGAUUUAUCCUCUCCAAGGGUCAUGCAGCUCCCGUGCUGUACGCCGUGUGGGCAGAAACCGGCUACCUGAAGGAGAAUGAGCUUCUCAAUCUCCGCAAAGUGGACUCCAUCCUGGAGGGGCACCCUGUCCCGAAACAGCAGUUUGUGGACGUGGCCACUGGAUCUCUGGGUCAGGGGCUGGGAGUUGCCUGUGGAAUGGCUUACACCGGAAAAUACUUUGACAAGGCCAGCUAUCGAGUGUUCUGCCUGCUGGGUGAUGGCGAGCUGUCAGAGGGCUCGGUCUGGGAAGCCAUGGCAUUUGCUUCCUACUACCAGUUAGACAACCUGGUGGCCAUCUUUGACAUCAACCGUUUGGGUCAGAGUGACCCAACUCCACUGCAGCACCAUGUGGAGAAAUAUCAGCGCCGAUGUGAAGCCUUUGGCUGGCACUCCAUCAUUGUGGACGGCCACAGUGUGGAGGAGCUGUGCAAAGUACUGAGCCAACCCCGCCACCAGCCAAUCGCCAUCAUUGCCAAGACUAUCAAAGGCAAAGGCAUCCCAGCGGCCGAGGAUAAGAUGAAUUGGCACGGAAAGCCUCUGCCCAAAGACAUGGCGGAGAUGGUGAUCAAAGAGCUGCAGAGCCGCAUUAUCAGCUGCAACAAGCGUCUGUAUCCUGCUGCUCCAAGCAAAGACGCAUCACCAGUUUGCCUCCGUAACAUUCGCAUGCCGAGUGCCCCCAGCUACAAACCUGGAGACAAGAUUGCUACAAGGAAGGCGUAUGGUGUGGCUCUGGCCAAACUGGGCCGAUACAACGAGCAUGUGGUCGUGCUGGAUGGCGACACAAAGAACUCCACCUUCUCUGAGCUUUUUAAAAAUGAGCACCCCAACCGCUACGUGGAAUGCUACAUAGCAGAACAAAAUAUGGUGGGUGUGGCGACUGGCUGCGCCGUUCGAGAUCGCAACGUGGUGUUUGCCAGCACUUUUGCAACCUGCUUUACUCGAGCGUACGACCAGCUCCGCAUGGCCGCCAUCUCUGAGAGCAACAUCAACCUGUGUGGCUCCCACUGUGGCGUCUCCAUUGGUGAGGAUGGACCCUCUCAGAUGGGUAUGGAGGACUUGGCCAUGUUCAGAGCCCUUCCUACAGCAACCAUCUUCUACCCGAGCGAUGCUGUCUCCACCGAGAAAGCUGUGGAGAUCGCAGCAAACACAAAGGGUUUAUGCUUCAUCCGAACCAGCCGCCCAGAGACCAACAUCAUCUACAACUGCAACGAAGACUUCCACGUUGGACAAGCCAAGGUUGUCUAUAAAACCAACGAGGAUCAUGUGACUGUGAUUGGAGCAGGAGUGACCCUACAUGAGGCUUUGAGUGCAGUGGAAAUACUCAAGAAAGAGAGGAUCAACAUCCGAGUGAUUGACCUCUUCACCAUCAAACCUCUGGAUACCAAGACAAUUAUUGAGAACGGCAGGGCCACCAGAGGUCGAAUCGUCACCGUGGAGGAUCACUACUAUGAAGGUGGUUUGGGGGAGGCGGUGUGCUCUGCGGUGGUCAAUGAGCCGGGCUUCACCGUGCACCGCUUGGCGGUUUCCCAGGUUCCCCGGAGUGGCAAACCCCACGAGCUGCUUCGCAUCCACGCCAUUGACCGUGAGGCCAUCGCCCAGGCGGUGCGCAAAGCUAUCAGCAGCUCUGCCAAUGCAAAGUAACAGGUGUGUGGGUUUGCCUGUCACUCACCAGCAAUCACCAUGGAGACAAGAAACCAUCAAAGAGGGAGGGGCUAAAGUUCCUCUCUCCUGUUGAAAAUAAAAAAAUUGAUUUUAGAGAAACAUGUUUUUUUUCCAUGUUUUAUGAAACACCCCCAUUCUCUGAGUUAAGCAAAAGCACCACCCCUGCACGCACACACCUCCACCCCCCAUGUCCUUCCUCCUCCUCGGAGGAGGAGCCUCUGGUGCUCCAACUAUUUCAAUAAAAGACUUCAUGUGGAUUCAAAUUUUUUAAACUAAUACUUAAAUAAAACCACUUCUCACUUUUCAGUGUCACCACUUUAUUAUCCCAGUGCGUAAAAUCCACUCUCAGAAGCUUCUUGAAUUUGAAAUCUUCUGAUUCUUGGGCCGAGGAAUCAUCACAUAAAUAAAGAAACAGUUUCUUCA